UUGUUUUGUAUACUAUCCAAAAAAGUUAUAUAUAGAGAAUCUCCAGAUAGUGUACAACUAGUCGUUUCUAUUUUCCUUUUCUUGAUUCCUUCUUCUUUACUUAUAUAAAUAAAAAAUUAUAAGAAUGGCAGAAGGUAGUGCAGUAGCAGCUCAACCUGAAGCAGAACUACCAGUUGUUUCUUCUAAUUCUCCUGCCAUGGCCAAAGCUGAUGACUCUAAAGCUCUUGCUACUCUUCCUCCACCAAAGCCUGAUUCUUCAACAAAGAAAAGUUCAAAGGGAUCCCUUGACAGAGAUGUUGCUCUCGCACACCUUGAAACAGAUAAAAGGAAUUCUUAUAUCAAGGCAUGGGAAGAAAGUGAAAAAAGCAAGGUGGAAAACAAGGCCCAAAAGAAGCUCUCUUCAAUUGGAACAUGGGAGAACACCAAGAAAGCAGAUAUUGAAGCUAAACUGAAGAAACUUGAGGAACAACUAGAGCAAAAGAAAGCAGAAUAUGCAGAGAAGAUUAAAAAUAGAGUAGCCGCAGUUCACAAGGAGGCGGACGAAAAGAGAGCUAUGGUUGAAGCCAGACGAGGAGAAGAACUUAUUAAAGCAGAGGAAAUGGCUGCCAAGUAUCGUGCUACGGGACAAACCCCUAAGAAGAUUGGAUGCCUUGGAUAUUAAAGCUAUGAAAUGUUUCAUUCCCCUUUGUGAAUUUUCAUGCUUGUUGCUCUUUAUUGGGUGUUUCAAACAUGAUAAGUUUUUUCCUAGUUUGUGUAAGAAAAGCACUCAUGAAUGUUUUCAAAUGUGUCAUGAUAAUGAUAAUGAUAAUUCCCCUUCAGAAGUUUCUACUAA